UGCAAAUUUACUUUUUUUCCCCCCAGUCAAAGUUGGUCCGUCUGCUGUGAAAUGAAAUUGGAAAAUGAGAGCAGCGAAAGGAGUAACCGAGGAGAUCAAAUUGAAAAUAAUGCACAUUGACAUCAAAUAUGUGACAGUACCGUAGUUGUAUUAGCGACGGUUCGUUAUGACAGACGUUGCACGGUGUUCUGUCUUGCUCCGUUUUUGUUAGCUAUAUGGACGUUAAACUAGCUGGCUAGCCACCUCCCUGUCACGAGCAACGCCGGGGUGUAUUCUUCGUUUAGACUUCGGUUCAUCACCGUACUGCAGUAUGUUACAGUGGCCGAAAGGAGGGCCAGGGCUCGGUUAUAGCAUUUGAGAUUCACCGCUGUACAAGAGCAUCAGUUCACACCAUUUGUCAACAAUGCACAACUCGUUGCAAGCUAUAAUUAUUGCCAUCUUUUAUGCAAGUUAGCCAGUCAGCAGUUAAUAUUAUGGCACAGUACAGAAAAUAAUAGCCAGUAACAUUUCAGUGCCGUGGUACAAGUGCAGGUGGUGCAUUCCGAAAAGUGAUAAGGGAUCAUACACGGCAGGAUGGAGCGAGCAGGCAGCAUCCAGCUGGACGUCCCUGACUUUAGCAACUCUGUGCUGUCCCAACUGAACCAGCUGCGUAUGCAGGGGCGGCUGUGCGACAUAGUGGUGAACGUGCAGGGCCAGAGCUUCCGUGCUCACAAGGUUGUGUUGGCUGCCAGCUCCCCUUACUUCCGAGACCACAUGUCACUGGGCCAGAUGAGCACUGUGUCCCUGUCAGUCAUCCGCAACCCGUCGGUGUUUGAUCAGCUCCUCUCAUACUGCUACACCGGGAGGCUGUGCCUGCAGCUGGCCGACAUCAUCAGCUACCUGACGGCCGCCAGCUUCCUGCAGAUGCAGCACAUCAUUGACCGCUGCACGCAGAUCCUUGAGGGCAUCCAUCUAAAGAUCAGCCUGGCGGAGGAGGAGCUGGGGGCCGGAGGGGGGCACAGGGGGGCUGGGAGCUUGGAGGGAGGAGGAGGAGGUGGGGUAGGAACAUCAGGGGGCUCCCUAAGCCCGCGCCACAGCAGCCCCAGGGUUCUGGGACCUCAAGGAAGCAGAACCCGAAGUGCCAUGGAUAUCCGAGAGGUGGGAAGCCCAGCGGGGGAGUCCAUGAGCCCCCAGAUGGUGGAGCACAGUGGGCUGGGCCCGGAGGGUCUGCCUGGGGGGGUGGAAGUGGGCAGCAGGCUGGGGAAGGAGCCCAUACUGCGCAUCAAUCGGGCCGGCCAGUGGUACGUGGAGGCAGAGUCAGAGAGGGGGAGUGGCGGUGAAGAGGGGGAGUCAAUGCGGGUGGUGGAUGGUUUGAGGAUAAAGACGGAGAGGAUGGAAGAGUGGACUGGGGCUGAUACCCAGGAAGAAGGGAGCGGGGCGGAAGAGGGAGCAGCCAUGAUGAUUGACACGUCCGUGUGCAGCUCGCUGGUGCAGGAGGGUAUUGUCACAGGGGCCAAGAGCUCUCAGCCCUCCAGCAGCUUCAGUGAAACUGAGAGGUUUAGUCCUACUGGCAGUGUGGUGGUGAUGGCAGAGAGACCGAGAGCCAAGAGUGAGUCACCCAGCAGAGUAGACGACCAGUGCCAUCCCAACUCGCAGGGGGAGGAGCAGGCUGUGUUGGGCGGCUACGAGGAGUACCUGCGUGAACAGGUGGCUGACCGCUGGUGCCACUACAACCCUCGACUCACCUGCAUCUACUGCUGCAAGUCCUUCAACCAGAAGGGCAGCCUGGACCGCCACAUGAGGCUGCACAUGGGCAUCACACCUUUUGUGUGCCGCAUCUGCGGCAAGAAAUACACCCGCAAGGACCAGCUCGAGUACCACAUCCGCAAGCACACAGGAAACAAGCCCUUCCAUUGCCACGUCUGCGGGAAGAGCUUCCCCUUCCAGGCCAUCCUCAACCAGCACUUCCGCAAGAACCACCCGGGCUGCGGCCCUCAAGAGGUGGCCCACAGCGCCUCCCCAGAGACCACCACUGUCUCCUCCAGGGGGGGGCAGAACGAGGAGGCGUCGCCCAGCCAGGAGGAGCCAGAUGUGGGUGGAGGUGGGGCCUCUUUCAGAGAGGGUGUCCAGGCCUCUGUCUCCACCACUGGGCCUGAUUGACCCAGUGGACCAGGGAGGGAGAUGGUUGGGGUAUAGGAGGACAGGGUAUAGGUUAGGUUAAUGGUUUGUACUCUCCUGCCAGUGGAGGAAAGACAAUGUAUGUUGAAGUUGCUUCAAAGGAAAUGAUGAUAAGGGGGAGGUCAGAAGGUCAAGUCCAUCCAGGGUGGGAUUUUUAUAAGCAUUGUUUUUUAUUUUUAAUUCCUUCGACUAAACUGCAGGGACAGGAGAACGAAGCAACAGAGUAGUUUGAUAUGGCACUUCGUAAUAUGUCGUUAUUUAUAAAUGAUAUUUCCGCUUUAAACCAUAUCUACCUUCACAAUACAAACAUGAACAGAUUAAGCCAACACAUGAAGAAAUGCCACACACUCCCAAUAACCUCACAACACUGAAUGCAGUGGUUUUUAUUUGACUUUUCUUAUGUUAGUUUUAUUAUUUUGUAUAAUAACUACAUACAAUUUCAAUUCUUGCCUUUUGUCUUGAGACAAUCUUGAACAGAUGGGGGUCAGUGAUAAUCAGACUCCUCUUUCAUACAUUAAAUGGGCAAUUCCUCGGUUACUCAUGGUUUUCACAUAAAAAUGUAUGUCAAACAAAAAGCAAUGGUUGCAAAGUUGAACAAACCAUACACAUUUUUUUACACAAGGACUACUUUGAACAAUUUCCAAUUUUACAAAAACACAUUUACUUGAGGUAACAAAAACAUUUACUUUGACAGUGCAGAGGCAAAGUUUGGUAACAGAAUGACAACACCAACAGCACAAACUGUCAUUCUGUUACCAGACUUUGCAUCUGCUCAAGUAAAUGUAUUUUUGUCAAAUGUUCUGUGUAAUUUAUUAAGUAGUCCUUGUACAUAGUUGUAUGGUUUGUUUACAGAGAGAGUCUCAGCAUCACUGUUAUGGUGGAAUUGCCCACGUGCCAGAAUGGCUUAAAAAUGCAAUUCCACAUGAAUAGUAGAUAUGGAUGGCCCAGUGAACAAAACCAGUUAAUUUGGUAGAGUAAUUGAGUACAAUUCUGAAAAUAACACUGAUGUCAGUCUUAUGAUGAUUUUAUGUCAUGUGUCUUAACACGGCUAAAUGCAUUCAGAAGUAUACCAUUAUUUAAUCAGUGCAACACUUUUACAAUGUAUUAAGAUAUUGGCAAAGGUAAGAGGCCUUUUAAAGAGGACUUGUUAAUCCAUAUGUAUUUGAACCAUACCUCCACAUUUUUAACCAGCUGCUGAAUGCAUACUUCUAUACAGGAACACAGGAAACUCUGUUUUUUAAACAUUUUUUUUACCUCAGAUAAGCUACAAUAAAACUCUGUUACCUCUCACACAUCACUACGCAAUACAGCUCUGCUCCAAGCAGAUUGGUCGAUGCACUCAGUUGAAUUUACAGUAUGUUCUCAUUUUUCUAUGUUGUGGUUAACUACCUUUUUCUUAUUUUUACAAGUGACAGUUUUUUUUGCAUAAGCGCAUCUGAACAUUUUUAUCAAGCUCUGACAAUGUAUCUGGAGGAUGUAGAGACAAGAUUGUAAUGGAGGACACUCAUCGCUAUUGGGGGUGUCCGAAGGAGGAGAGAUGAGACUCUGCAGCUGUUCUGUAGUACCACCCAAGAGAAAGACUCUGCAGCUGUUCUGUAGUACCACCCAAGAGAAAGACUCUGCAGCUGUUCUGUAGUACCACCCAAGAGAAAGACUGCAGCUGAACUGUAGUACCACCCAAGAGAAAGAAUGCAGCUGAACUGUAGUACCACAAGAGAAAGAAUGCAGCUGAACUGUAGUACCACCC